AUGCAUUUCACAACAACAGCUAUUGCUGCGGCUGGCCUCGCAGCCCACCAGGUCAUCGCUACAGGCGGGUAUGGCGGCGGAUGGGGUGGCUCUGGCCACUAUUCGACUCCAGACAACACCAACAACGAGUGUACAUCGGAGCAGUCAACUGGAUACAACUGGUCUGGCCUCAAGGAUGGCUCUUUCGACAGCUACGGCAGCAACAAGUUCUCGGGCUGGUCCUGCACAAACUCUUUCGGCAAGCGUGAUCUCUUGACCAAGCGUUCCUUCCAAUCCAAGUGUAUUUCAGCGGACCUCGACAAGGAGCCAGUGAUCUCCUGUGACGAUGACAAGACCAUGUCUCUUGACAAAUUCGAGGUCUCCUCCGACCAGGAUGCCGACAUUGAAUGCCACUACACCAUGCCUGACGAGUCGAUCUGUAAGGAAGUCCACUCUUGCAGCGCCCGCGGUACUGUCAUCCAGAAUAGCCAGUGUGGUGGUGCCAAGAGUGUUACUUUCAAGCCUGCUGGUGACUCCAAGGGGAAGGGUUGCAACAUUGGUGUUCACAGCGUUGGCUUCAACUGCGGUUCGGCAUCAAGCACUCCACCUUCAUACUCUUCGACUGCGCCUCCAUCAUACUCUACUUCCAGCUCUGUCGAGUCAGUAGACACCACAUCAGUGCCCACCGCACCAGCAUAUGAGUCGUCCAGCGUGGAGACUUCUUCAGCUACAACAUCAUCAGCAAUUGAAUGCGGCUAUGGAUCGACUCAAUCAGUCCCUGCCUACGGGUCCAGCACAGUCUGCGUCGCGAUCACGUCCAGCUCUAGCACUGAGGAGGCGCCGGUAACGACAUCCAGCACGGACUCGGCUCCCGCCUACACUGCACCAGCUUAUGGCUCUUCUUCCUCUUCCACGGAAGGAUCGCCAGUCACUACCACUUCGGUCCCAACCUACAGCACAGGCACUGUCCCCAGCAACAAUGGUACAUACAGCGCACCAAGCGCACCCGGCUAUGGCUCCAGCUCCGAGGUCUCCACAGUAACCACAGCUCCAUCAUACUCUGCGCCAGCCAGUGUGACGAGCGCUGUGCCUACGUAUGAAGGUCCAAAGCCCGAAUCGCCAAACCUUCUGCCAAAGUGCUUGAACACUUGGAUGUACCUCACUACUUGCAAGGACAACUCUGAUUACAGCUGCUUCUGCAAGAACGCAGAGUUUGUCAAGCAGGUAUAUCAGUGUGUCAGCUCCUGGUCCACCACGGAUGAUGAUACAACGUCUGGCGCAUCCUAUUUCAUGGGAAUCUGUGCUCCCUACAUCCCCGAGAACCCGGCAGUCAUAACCGCGUGCCCAUCCACCGUCACUCCAGCUGCCACCUUCUCCUACGCUCCCAUCAGCUCCAUCGAAGGCUCUCCCGUCGAGUCAUCAGCUCCAGCAUCCUCACCCAAGACCGUCACGCUCUACAGCACCCAAAUCAACACUGUCACCUCUUGCGGCCCUGAAGUAACAAACUGCCCAGCAGCCACCCAAACAUCCUCCUACGCCAUCGCCACAACCAUCUCCACACCCGAAGCACCCCUCACCACAGCACCCGCCUCCAGCAGCACGGAAGGCUCCCCUGUCAACUCCUCACCAGCCGUCACCCCAGCAGCCAGCAUCCCGUGCACCACCAUUACAUACUCCACCGAGUACCCAGUCCCCGUCACCUACACCACAGGCGAAAACCAAGGCAACACCAUCCCCUCUUCAUCCACGACCUCCACCAUCAUCACGACCGUUACUGUCCCCCAGGUCCAGAUGACGACGUACACAGUCACCCAAGGCAGCUCGACCCAAGAGCAGCCGGGUCUCGGCUACGGCACGCCUGUCGCACCCGUCACCUCCGCACCGGGCUACACGUCUGCUCCUACUGCGCCUGCCGCAGCGCCGUACCCGACUACUUCGGCGCCGGGACCGGUGGGGCCUGUUGGUGGUGGUGGUGCUUCGUCGGGGUUUGGGACGACGUAUGUCCCUGCUCCUUCGAACAGUAUUACUCCGUAUGAGGGCGCUGGGGGAAAGGUUUCCAUCAGUGGUGUGGCCUUUAUGGUUGUUGUUUGUGCGCUUUUCUUUUGA